AUGAGCCAAGUACCAACAGAUUUUUUACCUCACGAUUCAUAUGUGGGAGAGAUUUAUCGGGUCAACAUCUCCUUCAUCUGCGUCAAUUCUGUCAUCAUUAUUAUUCGCUUGAUUGUCCGAGCCUUUGUCGUUAAACAUGUGGCCGUUGACGACUACCUCAUGGUGGCGGCCGGCCUCUUCGCCGACGCAUUUUCCGCCAUGUCCAUAGUUGGCUUAAGAUACGGCCUGGGAAAACAUAUCUAUGACCUUCCCCAGGAUUCCAGACUGGUCGACAACACGAAGAAAGUGAUUCAGACAUUGUGGACAUGUCAAAUCAUGUAUGUAACGGCCUUGAUGCUGGUCAAGAUCUCCAUUGUGGCAUCGUACCUUCGAGUUUUCCCGACAACGGUCUUUCGGAGAAUAAUGUAUGCUCUCGGUGUUGCCAUUAUCGCCGUCUGGAUUUGCAGUAUCCUCGUCACCAUCUUCCAAUGCCACCCAGUACGAUCAGCAUGGGACUUUACUCUCCCUAGAGACUGCUUGCAGAUCGUCACAUUCUAUUACUUCACUACCGCUUUUUCAAUCUUUACCGACUUUCUGCUGUGCACCCUACCAUUGCCAGUCUUUUUUAGACUCAAACUUCCAGCCAGGCAAAAAUACAUCGUGUCUUUGCUAUUUGCGGUUGGUUUGUUCGCAACCGUGGCAUCAGCUCUCCGCAUCAGCGUCCUCAGGAGUGUUGACAGUUUGGAUGUCACCAUGGGAUCAGUAUCCACAAUGAAAUGGUCAGUGGUUGAGGUCGGCACGGGUAUCGUCUGUGCAUGCAUACCCUGCCUCAAGCCACUUUUCAAGAAUGUAUUACCAGACAAGACCUCUGCCAAUAGGUCUGGUGGCCGCGCCGAAGGGCUCGGUGUGUAUACACCCAGGUUGGGGACUGCACAUGAAGAGAGACACGAGCUGACCAAACCCUCGGAAGGCUGGACAAAUUUCAGUCGACAAACAUUGACUUUGAAGCAAGACCCACUGGUAACGACGAAGACCUUCGUAUAA